AUGCUGCAGUUACGGGGUUCUUUCCGUGUUACGGGUUUUUGGAAUGNUGCCAAGCAGAUUCAGUUGAUUCUAAACUGUUUACUGAUGGUGUUUAUUGAUGUGGUGCUGGAAGACGGCUUUCAGAAAAAGGUCUCUGUGCAGUGUUGGCCAGUAGAUUUGGAAAUGGGUAAACGAUGUUGGCACUGCCUCAAAACAAGUGAAAGAAAUCUAAAAGAUGGUCCUGAAAACGAGCCUUCAACAUUUGUGGAAGUCGAUGCCCGCAAGUUGAGCAUAUAUUUGGAGACCAUGGAGAAGCACUGUCCAUUUUGCAUAAACUGA